GACCCAAAAGCAAAGGCAAACUCUUUCUUAGAUGCACUUCCAGGAAACAGCGCAAUCACCAAAACUGGUUGGGUUACAUUAGGAACUAGCUUAAGUGCUUAUGCUAUCUCAAAUGAAUUAUACGUGAUGAAUGAAGAAACUGUGAUCUUGGCUAGUUUUUUCGUUAUGAUCGGUUACCUUGGAACAGUAGUUAAAGGGCCUUACAAAGAAUGGGCUGAUUCGACUAUUGAGAAAUACAAAAGCAUCUUGAAUGCUUCCAGAGCUGAGCAUACCAAUGCUGUCAAGGACCGAAUUUCUACUGUCAGUGAAAUCAAAGACGUAGUCUCGGUCACCAAAUCCUUAUUUGAGAUUUCACGUGACACCGCUAUGACAGAACAUGAAGUUUACAAGCUUAAACAAAAGAUGGCAGUCAAAGAUGAAAUCAAAUCUAUCCUAGAUGGAUGGGUUCGUGUUGAAACUCAAGCUAGAGAAGCUGAACAAGCUGAAUUAGUCAAGACAGUAGUUGCCAACGUUACCAAGCAACUUGAAGAUCCCAAGUUCCAAAAAGAAGUCAUGGCCAACAGUGUGGCCGAGAUCGAAGGUAUGCUGUGUUUUAUAUAG